ACGAUUUUCUACCAUAAAAUUGGCACGUUGUGCGGAAGGGACGCCGUCAGUCUCGCGAGACCUCAGGCAACACACAGGCGCACAGAUUUCUCCCUGGGAAAUGGAUUUGAUCGGCAGCAAGGACUACAGCGAGAAGAGCACUGAGUUGCACACGUUGUGCAGAUCGAGGGAGAGAUUGGGAAAGAAAAAAAUCUCUUCGUACCGAGAGAUUCGUGCUGCGUUUGUUGCCAACUUGGCUGUCAUUCACCCCGGAAUGAUGUUUUCAUUUUCUGCGAUGGCACUUCCUGAGAUGUUGGCGGACGAUUCAGUCAUCAAAAUAACAACUGAGCAAGCAUCUUGGAUUGCGAGCAUCGCAUCUUUUGCCACGCCAGCAGGCUGUCUCUUCGGCGCAUUCAUCAUGGACCGGUUUGGGCGCAAAUUUGCUCUGGUUUUUCUGUCGAUUCCCUGUAUCCUGGGCUGGCUAUCGGUCGGAGCGGCGGGUUUCGUCGCCCCUCACGUGUCUAACGAUUUCGCUCUAAACAUAAUUUACUGUGGCAGAAUGCUGAAGGGAUUUGGCACCGGCAUUGUGGCUGGAGCUUCGAGGAUUUACACGAGCGAGAUUUCGACGCCUCGUCUGCGCGGCACGCUGACGGCGCUCGCCUCCCUCGGCGUCUCGACGGGGGUGCUGAUAGGCUAUUCGCUGGGCGCUCUCUUCUACUGGCCCCUCGUCGCCGUCCUGUCUGCCCUGAUUCCGCUCGCCUCGGUCACCUUGACGCUGAUUUACCUCCCGGAGUCGCCCACCUGGUACCUCACCAAGAAGCGCUGCGCCGAGGCUCGUCUGGCCCUUCAGAAGGUCAGGGACCCCGCCCUGCCGGCCGAGAAGGUCGACGCCGAGCUGGCUCACCUGGGAGGAGUGCUCGAGAGCGACGGCACGCACAGCAAUUGGCACGAGCUGAGCAAGGCGUCGUCCCUCAAACCACUCGCACUCGUCAUUUUCUAUUUCUUCACGUAUCAGUUUUCAGGCAUCAGCGUGCUCACGUUCUACAACGUGCAAAUUGUGGAGAGCACCGGCGCCAAUGUGGACAGCAGCGUGGCCGCCGUUUGCUUUGGAGUGGUUCGGCUGGUGUUCAACGUCAUCGGCUGCUACCUGCUGACCUUCUGCGGCCGCCGCUUUCUGACAAUCGCGUCAGGGGUGGCCUCAGGGACCGCCAUGCUGUCUCUCGGCGCGCACCACUACCUGGACGCGACGGGCGUCGUCGAGUCGGAGGGCUGGCUGUGGCGCUACCUGCCCAUUUUCAGCAUUGUAUCCUUCUACGUCAGCUACUCGAUGGGCUAUCUGCUGGUUCCGUGGGUGCUCACGGGCGAAAUUUAUCCUGCCAAAAUCCGCGGUCUGCUUGGCGGAAUUACGACUUGUUUUGCGCAUUCCUUUUUAUUCGCCGCGGUAAAAUCGUUCCCCUAUCUGAUGGAGAAUGUUGGCUUUCAUGGCUCGUUCUGCUUUUAUGGAUGCACCGUGGCGUUCGGUUCGAUCAUCCUGUUUAUCCUGCUGCCUGAGACGCGUGGUAGGACGCUGCUGCAGAUAGAGAGCAGCUUCAAGAAAGUGCCGCACGUGAGCACGCCGCCGCCGCCGCAGCAGGUUGCAUGAUAAGCGACCGCCAACAAAACACUGAUUUUUAUGUAUUGAAUUUUUACGGCAAUAUUAUUUGUAAAUGCUCAAACUGCGGUUUCAGAGCAACAAAGCUUUUAUCUCGUUUCGGCAACGGCAUGUUACUAGGCGGAUGUUGAUUAAAGAUUAUGCAAUAAGUUAUCGUAA